AAAAACUUCGGAAAUAACCUAAUUUGAAAACAAUUAUGGCACUUCAAAAAUCUAGAUUUUCCCAAGUUCCUCAAGAUGCUGUUAUAUUAACUGAAGAGCAGGCUCUAUUAUAUUAUACUAAAAUAUUAAACAACUGGCCAAAAACAUCAGAUGUACUUGGAUAUAAAUAUGGUUGCGGUGUACUGGCAGCUGCUAGUAUCGUGUCGGGAAUAUACAUGAAUAGUUUUUUUCGAGGGAGGUUUAGAUUAUUAAAUUAUGGAUUCAUGUCAUCAUAUUUACCGAUUUCUGCUGUACCCGCUACAAUAUCUAUGUUAUCGCACCAACAGUUUGUUUUAAGUCCUCUCAUAUUAAACAUAGAUGGAUGCCCAAUUUGUUUAGAAACUAGAGCAUCGGUAUUACAAACACUUACUGGUUGCAUAAUGCCUUUGGUUUUAGCACCAAUUACAUCAUUAGCUCUUGUUCAUCGCUAUCACACAUACGAUAUGCCUUAUAUAACUAAGGAACCAAGAAAAGUAUUUCAAAUAGUCUCGAAAAUGUAUAAACAAUUGAAAGGGGUAGCUUGGGGUAUAUUUUUGGGACAAGCAGUGAUUGGUGGUUUGGUCACCUACUUUGAAGCCAAUUCAAUCAUAAAUGUCAAUUUGGAAUUGGUAAAAACUGAAAGGGAAAGUGAAUUUUUGUCUUAAAAUUGUAAAUAUAUGUUAGUUUAAGUAC